AUGCGCUCCUUUGUACUUCUUAUCCUCGUUGGGAUUUGCUACAGCUCCGUCAUGGCUGUAAUGCAAAAUGUUACCGUAACAGGCACAGCCCUAUGCCAUAAGAAGCGAAUGCCCAAUGUUCAAGUAGAACUUUACGAGAGGGACACACUGGAUCCUAAUGAUCUAUUGGCUAGCACAUACACUAAUGCUGAGGGAGAGUUUAAGAUAUUUGGAGAGGAAGACGAGGUUGGUAGCAUACAACCAUUCCUGCGCAUUUCUCACGGCUGCAUGACUUCACAGCCGAAUUGCAAACGCGUAUGUGACUACGACGUGCCUGCAGGCAAAAUAGGAAGCACAUACGAUAUGACUUACGUACCUCUUGAUAUCGCACUUAUGAUAGAGGAAAUCGAUAAAGUUUCUACUCAGCAAGCA